GGUCAUUUGGCCCACAUUCUUCGAAAGUUUUUGUAUGAUCCAACCAACGCUUGGCGACUGGAGAAUUUCUACUCCUAUGGAAAAUAGGAAUCAACAGGAAAGAGUUAUUAUCUGGAAUAGAAAAUAUAGAAGAAAAGUGGGUGGUAACGCAGCUCCUUUUAGGCGUAACUUGGCUGCAUAUUUGCAAAAGCACCCCGAUUGUGAGGUCUACUGUGGACAGGACUUGUACAAAGAAACAGUGCCAUCAGUUAGACCGAUAUUACCAAAAGCACAACCUUCUCUCUAUCCUGAUGUUGGAAUGGACAUAUUUGGUCAGUAUAACAGCUCAAUGACAAGGAAAGAGGGAUUGCGGUGGAGUGAAAGACCAAGCUAUAGAGACAACUCCUUGACUACUAGAGCGGACUUUUUUGGCUUCUCUCCUGUUGGCAAAUUUUGGGAACCAAAAACAGAUACAGACUUCAAUUAUUUAGAGAACUCGUGGGUGGAAGAGGAGGUAGAUAGUAGUAAGCCUAUGGAAGAAUAUGAAAACAAAUCGCGAGAUAAUGUUGAUUGUGCAGUUUCGAAAAAUGAAAGGAAACUUGUACAAAUUGAGCAAAUAGUGGAUAGCAGUGAGUCUAGUUUACGUCAUACCUCUGAAGUGUCUGCAGAAGAGGGCAACGUAAAACCUGCGUUGAGAGGCCUUUGUGAUCUCGCCAGUCAUCCUACCUUGCAGUUUGAACCAUCCAUGGUUUCACCUUGUGUGUCUACACCAGAAGGUAGUUUUCCGUUUUCAAACUCGUUUCAUACUCCCUAUUCUAUUGACUCAUCUGGUUCAUCCUAUUCUUUAAAAGAAAGGUGGGCAUUGCUUCGUUCAGAAGCAGUAAAGAGUGUGAUAAAGAGUUCCGAAACAACUCAAGAGGAGGAGGGGAUAGGUUCGUUCCCCGGGUCUGUGCCAACACCCUCACGCAUGAUGGACUAUGAAUACUAUUCUUCUUAUCACGAGUUUAGAUAGGAGACCUGGGUUUCUGAAUUAUCUGUUCAUCUGUUGUACAACGCAAUCAAAUCUGGACAAGAGUCAACCUGUGUUGAGACACACUCACAAUUCCCAAAUUGUCCCUGAAUGGG